AUGGCGAAAGAUUUGGGAAUCGCCAAGCUUAUAGUAGAAAAUGAUUCGAAAGCCCUUAUUGACGACAUCCGUGCGACUCAAAGAGAUCAUGGUUUCUCCACAAACACCCUGUGGAGAUGUCUGUGCGAAGCAAGCUAUUUUCAGGAAAUAGAGUUUGCACAUAUCUACAGAGAAGGAAAUGUAGUGGCAGACAAGCUAGCCUCGACGGCUCUCAAUUUCCAGGCUGGCUAUCGAGACCUCCAGGAUGCACCGAUAGACCUUUUUGAAGACCUCAAGCUUGACCAGCUGGGAGCGGUGGCCUUCAGGCAUAGUUGA